AUAUUUGUCAGAAAACGUUAAUAGUAAUAAUAAUAAGAUUAAAUUGGAUUUUCUUUCGCUCUUCUUUCUUUCCUUCUUUGUUAACAAAAGAAGAUUGAAAGCUCCUCCCAUUUUCUGAACAAUCAUUCAUUCACCGAUUCCAUGGUGGCGAGAGGCGUGCCGGCGGAGGCGGCGACGGCAGUGUUUGCCGUGGCCGCCCUUGACUUGACCGAAUCCUCCAACUGGUGGCGGGACAUCAACGACUCCCCGCUCUGGCAGGAUCGAAUCUUCCACGUCCUCGCCAUCCUCUACGGAAUCGUAGCCGCUGUUGCUCUGGUUCAAUUAGUUCGAAUACAAUUGAGAGUACCGGAAUAUGGUUGGACCACGCAGAAGGUCUUUCACUUUCUCAAUUUUUUGGUGAAUGGGGUUCGGUGUUUAGUUUUCGUUUUCCGUCGGGAUGUGCAAAAGUUUCAGCCAGAGAUUGUCCAACAUAUCUUACUGGACAUGCCUAGUCUUGCUUUCUUUACAACUUAUGCGCUGUUGGUCCUGUUCUGGGCUGAGAUUUAUUACCAGGCACGAGCUGUAUCCACCGAUGGUCUCAGACCAAGUUUCUAUACAGUCAAUGCUGUGGUUUAUGUGAUUCAGAUUGCUUUGUGGUUGAUAUUAUGGUGGAAGCCAGUCAGCGUGCUGGUCAUCCUGUCAAAGAUGUUCUUUGCAGGGGUCUCAUUGUUUGCAGCCCUUGGAUUUCUUCUCUAUGGUGGGAGACUAUUCUUGAUGCUGCAACGCUUUCCUGUUGAAUCCAAAGGGCGACGAAAGAAGCUGCAAGAGGUCUAUAUUCAUUUUUACAAGGAAAUUUUCCUAUAUUUAUCUCCCCCUAUUCUUCCCUUCCUUUACCCAGAAUUAAUCUACCUGAUCUUUCUAAUGCAGGUUGGCUAUGUGACUACCAUAUGCUUUUCAUGUUUCCUUAUCAGAUGUGUUAUGGUUUGUUCCUUUUACUUGAUGAUAGACCUCAAUCUGUCGCAUGAUUAUUACAUUGUGUUUGACUGUAUUAUAUUGUUUCAGAUGUGCUUUAAUGCAUUUGAUAAAGCUGCUGACCUUGAUGUCUUGGACCAUCCCAUUCUUAAUUUUAUAUACUACUUGGUGAGUUUUUGUAUUUCUUCAUUGUGAUGUUUUUGUUGGCAUACUUCCCAUUAUUGCUCAUUGUUUGUACGGUCAAACUAUCAUUUCUAUACCUAGGUCAAUUUUGGGCUAUGACUUACCUAGGUUUGAGCUUAGUGUUGAAAUCUGACAUAUUUCCUGGUUGAAUUGUUUCCGACUUUAUAUGGGCAAUACUUUUAUUACCCUACCAAAAUUCAUCUUAUUAUCUUUCUGGCAUGAGUUAAGGUUAGUCUUGAUUCUUGGUAAGGUUUUUUUUAUUUUCUUCAAAGCUACGUGGCAAGGACAUUGGUAAAUUGGAUGAUCAAGUCAUUGCUUUUUAUUGUUGUGGGAUAUAUCUUGAGCAACUCUUGACCACAAAUGGAAUUUCUUGUGAAAAAUGGAAAAUACAUUUACUGAUGUCCAUUCAAAAGGAUUGAAUUGCUGUUAGGUUUUUAGAAUUGCAAUUUUCCCCAUACUCUUACAUUCAGUCUCAAGUGUAAGCGAUAAAAAAAGAGGCUUGUUCUACUUGUUGUAGGUCUCUCAAAUACAAUUUCUCUUAUCUUUUGCACAUUUUUGCUGCAGUUGGUGGAAAUAUUGCCUUCUUCUUUGGUCCUUUUCAUUUUGAGGAAGUUGCCACCGAAACGUGGUAUCACACAAUAUCACCCAAUUCGCUGAACAGAUUAACAUAUGGAGGAAACUUAGUCAGAGGGUGUCCUUAGUGAUUCUCUGUUUUCGUUGAUGUUUCUCCCUCCAUGGAUAAUUUCUAGAGGACAGAGAAGUCGGUCUUUCUUCUUUUGAGUGACAAAGCUAAUAUCAUGGUUUUAUAGUUCUCCUAAGGUCUGUAGAUUUUGAAACGUGACAAUUUUGUGGAUUGUCAAACGUGUUGGGCUGUGUUAUGUAUGUGAUAUUUGCAUUGUCUCUAGGAAAAUGUGGUUGCUGUUUCAGGUUCAGCAAUUCAACACAAUGAGCAACCUUUUGGGAAGAAAGGGACACUGAUAUUGUAUAAUAGAGUUUUCAAGUCCUGUAACUGCUACAAUUUGGUGAAAUGUACUGUUCCUUUUCGGUCAAGUUCCAACUAAUUCAUUCAAUUUUUAAAUAUCCCUUCUUCCAUUUCUCUGUGAAGCUUAAAAUUUCUUUUUGACGAGGGCUAAAUCUCUAUUUUGGGAGAGAGAUAUAUUAGGCUAACUAACUUUGGGAAUUACACAGAUGUAUCUGAUUAUCUCUAAAAUUUUAACCCGACCAAGUGGAAUGAACAAACACUUCUUGAAAACGUUCUUUCUUCAGCAGCCAUGUUUGGAUACAACAUCAGUAUGGCUCUUGAAAAGCCAUGUUUCUGGUUAUAGCAAAAAACAACGGUGGCAGUGCAUAAUGAAAUUUUCCUAGUUGAAUUAUUCUCUCUUGACAAAUACUCAAACAUCAAAUAAUCAUUGACAUACCACAAAUAUAUGCAUUAAGAUUACAGAAACAUACUUGCAAGAACCUUAAUCAAAAGAAUUCGUACCCGGGACAUAUUUUCUGGAAUUCGAUGAUGCCAUUAAUCAAAAGCUUGCUUUCUGGAUGGGGGAUAUCGAGGCUCUUGGUUGUGAAUUUCCUGCUUCAGCAUGUAAUUCCAUCUUCAACCGGUAUUAGUAUCGAAUAUCAGCCAGUCAGUACUUGAAUGUUUGGUUUGACUUUGUUCACUGAAAGAAUGGUAGGUUUGAAUAAUAAAACUAUGGUUUAAUUUAUAUCAUUUGUCCACAAGCACGUGUUUGGGACCCGUGGUUAGGAAAUUAUUGAGUAUUAGUUGAUAAAAACUAUCCAAAACUCAUUAAGAUGCAGUUUUUGUACUGUUUUGAAGGCUACAAGUUGGAAGAGAUCAAAAGGAAAGUUAUGUAUAACAUAACUGAAGUGUAAGCAACAUUUUUUAAGCUUAAUUUGCCCCACCUAUCCUAUUCUAAUAAACCUUGGAUGAAAUUUGGGCUGAUUGCAUUUUUUUUUUAUAUAGAAACGAUCUUGACCUUGAGUAUGACUUCCAAUCCUAAUAAUUAACUCAACAACACAAAAGAUUCUUUUAGCCUAAAGUCAGAAAUUAUAAAAUUUCUCUAAAAGGUCCGAUGAAGUCAAAAUUAAUUUUCCCUCACACUCACGGUUCGCAAUAAAUUUCACAAAAAAUAACAGUUUAAUUUUAGCUUUUGUACAUUCAGGCAAAAGAAAAGAAAAUG